UGAGCCAGCUCAAGCAUGUGCUGUAUGCGAGCCUGCACACGUCUGAUGAUCCGGUCGGCGAACGACGUCCCCAAAGGGGCGCAUGCGACCGUGACAUGGCGGACAAGAUCCUGCGUCCACUCGAUCAUGAGGGACAUGUACUGUCCUCCACGAUCCAUCCUCGUAGGGGUCAUGACUCGUAGGGGGAUGACAGACGAGGAGAUUGCCCGCCAGGUUGCACUUAUUACCCGGGAUCCCGUCGGGGCGUCCGCACCACCUUUGGCUGAUGCCGUUUUCGAUAGACGUGCUUGCAUUUUUCGUCCCUACCCCAGGGACGACGACUCAGACGAGGAGCCGAUACCCGAGGCGGCAGAUGACCCUGCGCUCCGCAUUCCCCGGGAGAUCGACGAGACACACGAGGAUCCCGCCUCCGAGGACACGAGGACACAGACUGCACGACGGGCGGCGGACCGGGCGGAGAGCAAGAUGCUGGGGGGAGACGAGGACUUUUGGGGCCCAUUUGGUGAGGUCGCUUCCACGGGCGGCCCAGAGGCGCAGGCGACGACCCCCACUCCGACGAGGCGGGAUUCGUCCAUGCCGCCACCUCCUGCUCUGAGUCCUGCACCACGGUCGCUCGUCUCGCCACUUCUGCCAGACAGGGAGGAGUUGAGGUCCUCUUUGCCUCAGCGAGGCCUUCUCCACAGAGGCGGGGCAGUCCGCCAGCUUAGGUUACGAUCACCUUCCCAGGGGAUAGGGCAGGAGGAGGGGGGACCUUUGGCAGCAGCAAUGGAGAGUUCGAUGGCACCCGCGACUAUGUCGGACGCGACGAUCGCGGCUGCGGUGGAGGAGAUAGCAGCAGCAGCAGCAGCAGCAGUGCUAGAGGAGAUGGCAGCAUCAGUGCUGGCGGAGGAUCCAUCAGCGACAGGAGGAGGUGCAGCAGUGGAGGGGAAGGUGGCAGCAGCAGGAGGAGCAGGUGGAGGAGCAGCAGCAAUGGAGGUUGAGGUGGCAGCAGCACUGGAGGAGGAGGACGCACCGUCGGCAGCUGCAGUGGAGGAGGAGAUAGCCGCACAGGCCGAGGUGCAGCGUGGGGGCGAUGACGAGCGCCUCAUGCAGCAGUUCCUCACGGAGGAGCUCGGUCCGGCCAUAGCGGGUAUGACCCCGAGUGUGGAGAGGGGGUUUGGGAUUUCAGAUUCAGAGAUGGGGACCCACUUAGACUUGGAUUUGUCGGUGGGCCUUCCACCCAGUUGCGGCGGGGCGACAUCGACGGAUCGGGCUCCAUCGAGGGACGAGGCGCCAGGCAAGACUUCGACGCAGACCGCCAGAGAGAGGACGACGACUCAGUCUCCAGAUGCAGCACACGACAUCAUGGAGCGAGAGAGGGAUAGACUUUUGGCAUCGACUGACCCUCGUGCUCAGGCGUUCGCACGGGCCGUAGAGGACGCCAGGCGUCUAGAGAUAGGGGGGGAUUGUGUGCAGGGUGGGGUGGUGGCGGGGGAGGACGUUGCGGAGGGAGUGGCAGCAGAGCCGGUACCCGAGGCUAUGUCGGGUGGAGCAGAGACAGCGGACGUUGCUGUGGAGGGACGGACUCAGGCGGUGGAUGAGGCAGUGCAGGCAGGAUAGCAACGAGUCGAGGGGGCUAUAGACUCUCGACGCGAGGGGCAGGAGACAGCGACGGGUCCAGUCGUUCCGUUCUCGAGCCUGCACUUGGCU